GUUUGGUCUCUGUUUUCAUUUUUUCACCUUUGAUGAUCGAGAGACUCACUGAAACACGGUGUUGCUAUGCUGAUGUCAAUCAGAAUGUCUCCUUCUCUUCCUCUGAUCUUUCUGCUCAUGAUUUAUGGGGUUUCUAGUGCUGGUUGGGGUGUGAGUUACAGUCAUUCACACAUCUGUGCACUAAAGAACUCAUCAGUGAUAAUGAGCUGCACUUAUACAUACCCUACUGGAUAUCAGAUCAUGAAAGUGUUCUGGACCAAAAACCUUAUAAGAGUUGGUGAAGAGCAUCCAAAUCUGUCUGAGGAUCCUGAAUACAGUCAGAGGCUUCAGUAUCUGGGAGAUAAACAGCAGAACUGCACCAUCAGACUGAAUAAUGUGACACAGAAAGAUGAACACAUGUACUAUUUCAGAUCCAUCACUGAUAAACCUGAUGUGAAAUGGACUGGUAAACCAGGAGUGAAUCUUACUGUCACAGAUCUUCAGGUGGAGUCUCCUGAGAGAGUGACAGAGGGAGAUUCAGUCCGUCUGACAUGUAAAAGCAGCUGCACUCUGACUGACAGAGCAACAUUCAUCUGGUACAGAAACUCACAGCCAUUAACUGAGAGAAGAGACAGAAACAAUGAACUCCUGCUGCAGUCAGUCAGAAGAGAGGAUGCAGGCAGAUAUAGCUGUGCUCUACAUGGACACACUUACAUCUCUCCUGCUGUUCAUCUCAAUGUCAUGUAUCCACCAAGGAACAUCUCAGUGUCCAUAAGUGGAUCUGGUGAAAUAGUGGAAGGUGAUUCAGUGACUCUGAUCUGCAGCAGUGAUUCAAACCCACCUGGUCUGAACUUCAGCUGGUUUAAGGAGGAUGAAUCCUCAGCUGUUGGAUCUGGACAGAGUUUUAUUGCACUACAGAGUGGACGCUUCUACUGUGAGGCUCACAAUCAACAUGGAUCACAGAGAUCAGAUGCUGUUACUGUCACAGUUCAUCCCAGAUCCAGUUGGCAUGUCAUUUUUGGGAUCGCAGUGGCAUGUGGAGCAUUAGUCAUGCUCAUCAUCAUCAUCCUCUUUGUAAUAAAGAAACGAAGGAGUAAAUCUGAAGAUCUCACAGUGAAGACCUUUCAUCACAGACCUCCUGAAGAAUCCUGAUCCUAAACAUGAGAAUCCAUCAGUAA